AUGCACUCGUCUAUAGCGUUCUAUAGUCGGGAGGAACGUAAACUGCAGGCAGCUCUGGCAGCUUUUGAAAAGAAGGAAGAAGAAAAGAAGAGAAAGGCCGAAGCUCACAAAGAAAAGGAAGUGGCUGACGCAAAAGAGAAACGAGCUUCUGGUCGACAAACCCGCGCCAGCAUGGGAAGUUCGGGCAAACGUGGGCGAAGAGGUUCUGAGCGAAGUUUGGAGAGUUCUGCGAAGGAAAAAGAGAAGAAGCCUGAGCCUGUGGUCGAGACUGUCGCUCCCAGGGAAAGCCCGCGUGGAAAGAAGAAAAGGGAAGAGUUCAAAGAAAAUGAAGUUGUCGAAGCUACUACUAUGGUGCAGCCACCACGAAAACGAUGGGCAGCUGCGGUCAAAGAAAAUGAAGCUGCACAGCGAGCUUCUUCACCGGAAGUUACCUCUUCAUCGUCUACCACACCAAUGGCUGCUGUCGAUGUAGCAGCGGCCGAUUCUGUUAGUCCUAGUCCUGGCAGUGUUGGCGGGAAGAAGCUUUGGCUGAGACGACAUGCUGCUGAGUCGAUCAGCGAAGAAAAUUCGCAAACUGUCGAAACUGCCUCAACUCCUGAACAACCUCUCUCUUGUGCCGCAGAUUCUACAAGUGAUAUCGCUACUGCUCCUUCUAGAGUGCAGAUGAGCCCACCUUUGAAGAAGCGACGACAUAUGCUCGAAGCUUGCCAGUCUGACGAACAUGUCGCUGCUGCAGCAUUGGCACAGAUGGGUUCGAAAGCGGAAGGGUUCCGCUUCCACUGGAACAUGGCUCUUCGGUCGUCUGUACCAUCAUGGACAGAAUCAUCAAAUGUGGAUUUCGAAUUGGCGGGAUCUGUUCAGAAACCUUUGCCUCCACCAACUUCGCGUAACAGCGUGACUACGGCAGACACAGCUUCUGUGGAAACUACCGCUACUACAUCCGCUCCGUCAACGUCAACGACGGCUUCCCCUGCUGAAGUGAAAAAGGCGAAACGGCUAAGUCUCGAAGACUACAAAAGGCGACGCAGCCAUAUGGCCUCUGACAGCGGUGCUACUCCUUCCGCUGCUCCCGCAACCACCAGCGCAGCACCUUCUGCGGAAGUUCGGACUCGUACUGUGGAAACCACAACCACAACUACAAGAAUAACUCGAUCCUUCAUGCCACCUAUGGAUGCCCCAUUGGAACAAAGUUCUUUGCGGCCCAUAGGCGCUGAUAUCCCAAUACCAGCCCUUGGGGUUCCUCCUGACCUAGAAGUCGUGAAGAAGAUGAUUCUCGAAGAGGCAUGUCUCCCUCCGCCACCUGCGCCUCCUCCAUUGCCCACGCCUACAGAUCCAUCAAUCACUCCAUUUGCAUCGACAAGUGACAUGUCCGUUGCUUCCAGCUCGGAAUCCGGAGAGGAGAGGAUGUCACUAGCCGAUCGGCUUGCAAAGGAAUUUGGCGUCGGUAAG